AUUUUCUAAUAUAAAUUUAUUUUAAUACUCAAUAUAGGCAAAUAUUCAUAGCGUUCAUGUAAAUGGGUUGUGGAUGGCUAACGGAUAAACUAAGAAAAAAUACUAUUAUUUAUUCAAAAUAUUAUUUAAAAUUUGGAAUCUAUGACCAAAUGUAGUCAUCUCUUUUCUAUAUUACUUUUAAAGCAACUUUUCUACCAAUCAAAUAUGGCAAAGUUUAUCUUCCUCUCUAAGUAUUUCUUCAAAUAAUUUUUUUUUAAAAUUAUCAGAAUAAUCUGAUAUAUUCCAACGAAACAAACUCUAAGUACACACGCCGAGGGAGAAGCAGUGAAAACUAGUUUCUUAGCCGGAAUCCUGAAUCCCCUUCUUUCCCUUUGAUCUCCCAAGUAAUAAUAAAUCACCAAAUUUUCCGUCUCCUUAGUUAGCAGGAAAAAAAGAAAAAGGUAAAUAAAAUAAAAAGAAAGCGAACCACUCUCUUUUUGUCUUUUUGUUAUUUUAUAACUAAUCAUUUAUAGUUAUUCGCCUCAGGUUCUUUCCCCAGGCGCACUUCCACUGUUCCCCACGUCCUGAUGACCUUUUGCAACUCAUCAUUUAUUAAGCCGCCUCCCCUUUUUGCCUUCUCGCGGAAUCCGACCCUCCUCUCGCUCUAUUCUCUAACGCUAACCCCAAUACCUUCUAAGGCUUUACCUCAUUAUUAAUCUAUAACUAUCGAUUAUGAGUCUCUUUUUAUAGAUCAAAGUGAAAAAGAAAUCACACCGUUCGAUCAUUCGAUCUUUGUAUCGCUGCCACAUACGCAGUACAGGAACUUUAUUCAGUAAUUUAUAUUAAUAUAUAAUUCGCUGUUGAGUGGAGGUGUUCAGAAAAAAAAAAAAGUUUAAAUAGAUUUAUAAAGCGGACGAGUUUUCAAAAAAAUUUUAUCCGCCGCCAAUGGCCUUCUGCACGUGCUUAGAAAAAAUAAUUAAUGAUUUUUACUCAGGUAACCGUCGGAGUGAGGUUACCUCCUUUCUCUCUCUGGUCAUGACUCAUGUCCGGGCGCGUUUAUUCUAGCACCAGCGAAACCAAAACCAUUUGUGCUCACUGGAAGGUGACUAUAUCCGGAAUUUACAUACAUUAUAAAAUAAGAAUAGUUGCCGCCAUAGAGUUGGCACGUGCGAACAGAAUGCCAGAGGGGUGAUAUAAGACCUCUCUUCUCCCCUUCUCUCUCUCACCGCCCUGGUUUUCACCCUGGGGUUUUCCGUCCAUGAUCUCGCCGGCGUCAGCGAAGCCUUCGUUACGGAAUUGGGGAUCUCGGUUCGACCACCUCUACCGGGACACCACAAUCGACGGCUACGAUCGCAUGGAGGCUUUCAAGCGCUACGCUCGGAGGAGGAGGAGAGGGGAAGAGCACAAGAAGAACUCGGCGGCGGCGGUGGCGGUGGCGGUGGAGGCGGCGAUGGGCUCGCUGGAUCCGUCAAGGGUGUGUGCAGAAUGCCGUACCUCUCAGACCCCGCUCUGGCGGAGCGGUCCCAACGGCCCCAAGUCUCUCUGCAAUGCAUGUGGGAUCAGGUACCGGAAGAGGAGAAAAGCUAAGAUCAAUGGAGAAGAUAAGCAUCGGAAGACUACUGCUACCAAUUCCACUGCUAUUGGAACUAUUAAAGGAAAGAAUGGAAGCAUGAUGGCUUCUUUGGAGGCGGUGGGAGCGGAGUUGAGGCGGAGGCAGAAGGAGAAGCAGGAGAGGAUGCUGCUGCUGCUUUUGGAGCGCGAGAAGCAGAGGAGCAGGGAGUUGAAGGCGGCGGCAACGGCAGCCGCCGGGGGAGCCGCCGGCAAGGAGGAGGCGGAGGCGGCGCUGCUCCUGCUGUCCCUCUCCUCUUCUGGCAUUUUUGUCCAUUCCUAGCACCGGGAGACAUCCCCCACCACUCUCUCUCCUCUCCGGUGCAGAAUCAGAGAGAGACAAAAGAGAGAACCGGAAAGAGCCUUUCGUUUUUUUUUUUUUUUACGUUGUUUUCUUUUUUUCUAAGUUAAUGGAUGAUGGCGACAUUGUAAGGACUUAUCUUGCUACUGGAGUUUGUGGUUAUUGGGAAUUUUGGCUUGCAAUGGCUGCAAAGGAGAAUUUUGGCUUUUAAGGAGAGGACGAAGGAAAUUGAAGGAAAUUGAAUUGUAAAGCUUGCAACCUGCAGGAAGAAAAGUUUGAUGAUUUUUAUCA